GCUCGCCACCACUAUGGGGAUGGGAUGGGGUCGCCGACCGUCGCCGUGGGGUCCGGCUAGACCUGCCUGACUGGGCCGGCGCAGUCGGUUGGCCACGCUGCCACGGUGGAGUGGGGGUCGGCAGGAGUUGUCACUGAGUGUGGGGAGUGAUAGGAGUGUGCAGAGCGGGUAUCUCCCGCAGAUGGUUUGACAGGGGUGUGGUUGGGUCGGGGAGGGGCGGUAUCGACUACCGGUGCUGGUACAGUCUCUGACGCUGAUACCAGUGGCGGCUGGAGCGGCGUACGGUCUCUGGAAACGGGCUGCAGCUCGAUUGGUGAAGGUGGCGUGGUGUGACGUCACACGGUCAUGAGCCCUGUGACGUCACCGUCCGGACGUCACGCGGUGUCAGAUGGUCUCUGUGACGUCACUAAUCUGGAGGAAGUGCCGCCGGUACCGGAAGUCCCUGCUCGCGGCCGCCGUCCUCGCCGGUCUGCUGCUGCUGCAGAGCAGCGCCCUAUGGAGCCAGCCGGCCACCGCCAGCGACAUCUACUGGCUCACCGGUGCUGCCACCUACCGCCCGCCGGAAUGCGACUGCUCUCGGCGCCUGCCGGAUCCCAGCAACAGUCCCCUGGUUCGCUCGCACUGCGGCCCGGAGGCGGACGCUCGUGGGCCCGGUCAGAACGUCAUCUCCUACAGCUUCUACGGCUCCAACUACACGGCCUACCUGCGCGGCGCGGCGAUGAACGCGAAGCGCGCCCGGCGCCUCUACCCCGGUUGGGUGAUGCGGGUUUACUAUCACGGCAGUCAGCGUGGUGGCCGCUGGGGCACCGAGUACUGCCGAGUUCGCUGCGCGUACGAUCAUGUGGACUUUUGUGACGUCAGCCGUCUGGAGGGGUUCGGUGAGCUGGGUCGGCAGCGUGGCUCCAUUUGGCGGUUCCUGGUGAUGGAUGACCCCACCGUGCGGCGAUACAUCGUCCGCGACCUCGACUCUCUGAUCACGGAGCGGGAGCGAGCGGCCGUCCAGGAGUGGCUGGACUCCAACAAAACGUUCCACGUGAUGCGCGACAGUCCGCACCACGGCAGCGCCAUCUUGGCCGGGAUGUGGGGCGGCGACAACGCGCGCGCCGCCCUCUACCGUCCGCUGAUUCAGCAGCUGAUUCGACCCAGCUGGCCAGCCGUCCGCAUCCGACUGCGCGUGCUCGUCACAUUCUCAGACGAACGGUUCUGGGACCAGGUGCUGCUCGAGUUCGUCCUCUGGCCGGAGAUGUCUCUCCGCCGUGACGUCAUGGUCCACGACAGCUACCACUGUCAGUCGGACCCACUUAGUCGGCCGUGGCCAACGCAGCGUAAAGACCGGGAGGACUUUGUCGGGUACGCCGAGCUGCGCUACUACGACAAACUGCCGGAGGAGUGUCCUCCCGCCUGCCGUCCUCCCGACCACCAGGACUGGCUCUGGUGCUGAGAGGAGUGUCCUCCCGCCUGCCGUCCUCCCGAGGACUGGCUCUGGUGCUGAGAGGAGUGUCCUCCCACCUGCCGGCCUCCCGACCACCAGGACUGGCUCUGGUGCUGAGAGGAGUGUCCUCCCGCCUGCCGUCCUCCCGACCACCAGGACUGGCUCUGGUGCUGAGAGGAGUGUCCUCCCGCCUGCCGCCCGCCCCAGCACUAGGACUGGCUCUGGUGCUGAGAGGACCUACGUGAGGAGCGUCCUCAUGGUACUGUUCACCCUCAGGAUCCAUGACCCCUAGUGCUGAGCUGAGCUGAGCACUGACGCUUGGAAAAGGGACUGUGAGAAAGGGCUGACGCUGUGCGAAGGACAGGUCAUAACACCGAGGUGUGAGGUGUUGAAAGACGUGCAAAGUACUGUGCGUGUGCAAAGUACUGGCUAGAUUUGGAACAAUAUCGCUGAAAGGUACGCCAGCAAUGGUGCUGAAAAUCGGCUGUGGUGUCGGGAAACGAGUGAUGCUAUGCAUAGUUUCCUAGUGCUGUUACAGGACAAGUGUGCGCGCUGUGACACCCCAAAAGGCAAGUAAUAUACGUUGUGGCCAGGCGAUGAUGGUCACGCGCACUAUUAAAGAAAAAAGUAUAAGUGAGGACAGGACAGGUGCUGCUAAUUUAGACACUGGAAAAGUACUCAGUGACAUACCUCUUGAUUGUAUGCUACCUCUGUCCUGAUUUCCCACCGCUCUACGGAGCAGAAAAGGCUCAUCUGCUAACAUCUUCGCUGCCCUAAGAGCACCUGUUGUGAGGACUGCUGUACCUAAGUAGUCUUUAUAUGUGUGUGUGCAUCUGAUUGUGCCAGACUGUCUCUCAGACGGAGCUCCCCAGCGGAGUUUGUGCCGCUGUGAUUGCUGCUUCACUAAGUCUAUACUAUGUAUAAUUGUCUAAGGCGUGUCGCACGCGUUGUCGCUUCUUGUGGCUCUGAGAGCACUCGAUUGUUGGACAGGAAGGCUCCCACGUGAUACUUUGAUACACGACCAAAGGCCAAAGCCUUCCAAGUCGAUAAUUGCUGCUUGGUGUCAGAAGUUCAGGGAUGCUUUUAUAGCAGCAUGCUGCUAUAAAAGCAAACUGCUGCAGCAGUUUGAUUUAAGCUUUUAAUUUAUGUUUCUGUUGAGAUGCCAUUUCGUGGAGUUGCGUUGCUGUAGAAAACCUCAAUGCGUUCUAAGCAUGAUGAACCUGAUUUAUAUAUUACGGGUCAUAUGCUAACUUGGGCAGUAUGCAAACUGCCCGGGCAGUAUAUUUGUAUAAGAUGAUGUUUUCGGAGAGAAACAAUACACAUAGCGUCUCUCA